GGGGGAAGUGCCUAUAUAAACUAACAAUCAUUUAAUUUACAACACGAUGUCAAAACAACAAAUGGGAGAAGAAACACCGGAGCCAAAGGACCCAUCACACCAGCCAGUCAAGGCAGUCCCCUCCCCUAGAACCUUGGCGGAUAUCAAGGACAAACUCGAAGCAAUUAAGAAACUAAAAGUCAACGCCCUUCUUCUAAGAUCGAGCGACGCUCGAGAACGCUUCCCUGAAUUUCCUCAGCUACAUGAUCUAACAUGGCUUACCCUUCACAACAAGAUUAAACUGGCUAUAACAUUCGCUGAGGAUUUCUUGAAGAAGGCUGAUUCUACUGGUUGGUUACGCGAGCAAGCAAGCUUCCCAGGACAGGGCAAUAGGAGGAAGUGGUCACGGGAAAUGAGGUACUCUUGCGAGAAGGCUAUAACUAUGCUAGAAGAUGUUACUGCGCUGCAGAGCCAGAUACUAGCGGGUCAGCACAGGAAGCCCGAAGGUGAAAAGCAGCUCAAAAGUCCCGAGUUUCCCCCGUGGGCCGUUCGACCGGCUCGUCAUCAACUUCCGGAUCCGCGAACCCACUAUCACAGCAAAACCCAGCAUCUUAUCAAUCCAUACUAUUAUGUCCCUCUUAAACAUUUAACGAGGCGAGGCAAGGGCGCCGGUGAUACCGAACGUUUCCGCGUUAUCUUACGCCCAGAUGUUGUGACACUGGAGGAGAGGAAGUCUUCACGAGAGCAGAACGAUAACCACCCACCACUCUUACCUAUUAAGCAUGUGCCCCUGAGCAAAAUAGCAAAAAGGAUGCCUCUACACAAAGGAUAUCAAAAUUCUGCAAAACCUCUGGCGAUUUUCAUGGAAGAGAUAGAAACCAGCAGUAGAGAUGGACAUCCGCCAACACGUUUGCCUGACCCUGAGCUAGCCCAUGCAGUAAGAGCUAGCCAUGAAUCUAAUGAUGGCCAAACCGAGUUACCCAGUAUUCACGAAGUCUUUUCCAACGACGAGUUUACGAAGACGAGUUUCGCCGAUCAGAUCGAGACUCGAAAACAGCUCUCUCAUCCGCAGAGGAAGAGAAAGGUCGACACGCGUGUUGGAGAAGAUGAUCUCCGCAAAUUCCAGCCAGGAUUGAGGAAAUCUAUGAAAACUUCCGACUUCCGCAUCGCUGUCCGCCAUGUGCACAACACAGGCGAGUUGCAGGUGUGCGAAUACUUUGCCGACCGUAGUCAACCCUACCGUGCGCAGGAUCACUGGGGCAACUUCAAGAGAAAGAGUUGA